AUGACAACAAAUAAUAAUAAUAAUGCAUUCAUAAUAAUAAUAAGAAACAAGAUUAUAAAAAGAUUAAUAUUCAAAUGUAUUCAUGAAUUGGGAGCAACACCAAACAAAGAAAAGAACAAAUCAACAAACAAAAACUUUAUACCAAUCUAUCAAUCACAAAACAAACUCAAUCUGAUACGAAGAAAAUCAUACCCCGUCAAAGGAUCACGUAUAAAGACAUUAAAACUUGAAUCAAUUGUUGGUUACUAUGCAAUGUCUCAUUACUUUUUAAGACCCAUGAUCAAUACAUUUAAUGAAAUCAAUACAGACAAUAUUAAAGAGAUUUCUCAUUUAAUCCUUGGUGAUGUUUCAUUUGGUGGACAUAUAAAUAUAUUUAAAUAUUUAAUAGAUCAAGGCAUAUAUCAAAUAUUUGAAAAGGAAAAGGAAAAAGAAAAAGAAAAUAAUAGUGGUAGUGAUUGUUUACAAGAACAUGAUGAUAUAUUUUCAAUGGAAUCAUUAACAAUCAAAGAGGAACCAAUUCAACAUUUAUUAGAUUUGGCAGCAAGUAAUGGUCAACAAUCAAUGUUUGAUUAUUUAUCUAAUAAUAUCCAAGGUUUGAAAUGUACGACAGAGGCAAUGGAUGGUGCAAGUAAAAACGGUCAUUUAAAUCUAGUCAAAUGGUUAAAUGAAAAUCGUACAGAAGGAUGUACAAUCAAUGCAAUGACAAUGGCAAGUGAAAACGGUUAUUCCGAUGUUGUCCGUUACUUGUAUGAAAAUCGUACAGCAGAAAGAUGUGUAGAAACUGUAAUGGAUCAUGCAGCAGCACAUGGAGAUUUGGAUCUAUUUAUCUAUUUACACGAGGAUAAUCGUGACAAUAAUCGCAUGUCACAUCGUGCCUUUUAUUGGGCAGUUCGUGGUAAUCAUCUACCUCUUGUACAAUAUAUUCAUCAAAAUACAAAUCAUUAUGAUCUUCCAAUGGGACUAUUAAUUUCAAAAUAUGGUGACAAUAAAGUUAGACAAUAUAUUCAAAAUGAAAUGAAUAAAUUACAAGAUAAUCAAAAUUAA